AUGGAAGACAACGACGAUGACUACUUCUCUGAUGAGUUCGAUUCUCUGCCUCCCUCGACACUGUUUGAAUUAGAGCAAACUGCCUUUCAAGCGACACAGGGGCAGGCCUCUCAGUACCAGUAUAACCUUGCAGCUCCAACAAACUCAGCGCCCCAUGUGCAGGCAGAAGCCGCAGUCCACAACUCCACGACUUUACAACCGCCACCUCGCCUACAUACCGGAUUAACGAACGAGUAUGGUACACUGGAAGUGGGCGAGCUAGGAGCGGAGGUUUAUGAUAAUGGAAAUGGCUCUCUAGCGCAUCCCAAUGGCCAUCAUGUGCUGAUGAAAAAGCACGGAUGGCCUGUCAACAACGAGAUGGACGAUCAGAUGGAGGUGAAUGAUCAUGCUUCAGGGAACGUAUUUAAAGGAAAUGCGCGUCUGGAACAGCUGGAGCGAGAGAGAGAACAAAUGUUACUUGAAUUAGCUGAGACUAGAGCCCAGCUCCAAUCAAAAGCCGGCGAAAUUUCCAUUAUCCGAUCUAAACAGACGCAAAUGGCCGCAAAUUAUGACGAGCAGCUCGAAGCUCUACGCAAUACUAUGGCGGAUGAAGUAACAAAGCAUAAAGAGAUUGUCGAAGCGGCGAGGUCCCAAGGGCACGUGCUGGCGACGGAAAACAUCUUUCUCCAACAUGACUUAGCAGAGGAGGCACAUCAUUCACGCAAUCUCAAGUCGAAACAUCGGCAAGGACAAGAGCCACUGCCUGUAACACCCAAGAAGUCUCGAGUCCUGCCGUUUCGAGAUGGUUUCGACGACGAUGAGAUGGUCGUAGUGUCACCCAGCAAGUCGGCAGCCCGGUCGAAGCGGGCAACUCCUACUGUUCCAGGCAAGCGAAAACGACAAGCAAGCCAAGACAUGCCACCUCCGCUAAACUUGAGCCCUGCUGGUGAGCUAGUAAUGGUUGAUGCUCCUACCGAGAGCCCGGAACUAGAUCACCAGCAAGAGGCGGAGUUGAAUGGACAUGAUCAGCAAAUUAUGAAGCGGUUGUUGAAUCACCGCAUGAUUCCUGGUCAGGAAACCGAUAUCGAGGCUUUUGCAACGAUAUCCUUCCCCUCGGAACCUUCCCGGCCUAUAUCUAGCAUGCUCUUAGACCGUUUAGCACAUCUAGAAAUGGAUGGCUUUGUGGUCGAAUACAUGCACACGAUUGGGCCACUCUGGCAGCGCGCUUUAACCGAACGUUUUUACGAGCCGGUUUCUCGAUUCAUGGCCCUUGUGCGAUACAUUUUGAGGAUGAAUGAUAUUCCACUUCAAAAAUUGAUCAAUCCUCUCCUCACUGUCUUACAAGAUUCCGUUGAGGUGAAUGCGGUCCCCCGGUUUCGAUACUCCCCUGCUGCCCGGGAAAAGGCCAGAGUGAUCCGAUCAAUACCGACUCCGCAGUCAGACUUGCAGCCACUGGUUGAUUCGACCGAAGCGCUCCGUCUGUUGUAUCAAAUCGCAAGCGAGUUGUUACAUGCUAAAGAUGUACUGGAUGACUUUUGGCGGAAUAUCCGACAUACCUUCACCCUCGUUAUGCUACAUCCUUCGCAGCCACUAAAGGAUAUUGUACUGAUCUUACGCCUCUUAUCGACAAGCAUUCGACCGGAGUCGUUCGGGCCCAUUAUGCCUUCACAGGGAGAACAGAACGAUAUCCAACGAUGGAUUGUCGACCGACUUUCCUUUAUGUUCAGUGAGCGCGCUCAACCAGAUGAAGGUGUUGAACCUUAUACUCCGCAAGACAUAUGUGCAAUGCGCCUUGAAGUUUUACUUCUACUGGAAGCUUUAGCAUUCAACCCAGCUGCGCCAACUCGAGAACAUGGUAGUGCCAUCAUUGCCGCUCACCCAAACGCGUUGGCACGUCUCUUUCGAUCCAUGCACGAUGAGCUUGAUGCGCUAUACGCAUCGCCGCCUGAGCAGGAGCUGCGAGUUGCAUUGGUCAACGGACUGAUGCGCCUGGUAUUCGGUGUGAUACGCCGCCAUGGCUCUUCUAUUAAUAUGCAAGAGAAACUUUCACGUGUGCCAGGGAGCAAGCAGAAACACUUAGUGGUCCUGACGCGCUUGGCAUUCUGUGAUGGAUCCGUCCUUGAAGCGGGCAUUGAUGAUGAGACUGUUGACAUGGCGCAUGAUCUACUCGAAGAGUGGACCAAUCCCCAAGAGGCUGAGUUGUUGGCCGAGGUGUUUCCAAGUUCUAGGCGAGAAUGA